UGUCUGGAUCUCUGCAGAGACCCUGGACGCCUCGAAGAUCUGAGGCAGCCCUGCGCCGGGAAGGUCGCUCGAGUUGGACAUCGGGGUGUUCAAGUCAACCUCACACCUAACCUUGGGGUGCAGAGUGUGGCUUCUGAGCGGGAGGGCAGUGCGGGUGUGGGGAAGCGGGAGUGAGGGGUGCAGAGAGAGGGUCUGCCUGAGAAGGGGCCCUGAACCCACCCCGUUGUCACACACACACACACCCCCGUGACUCAGCCUAAGGCGGGCAGGGGGAGGAGUUGGAGAACAGCGUGGAAACUGGCGCUUAAAAGAUGAGAGAGAGAGAGAGAGAGAGAGAGAGAGAGAGAGAGAGAGGUGCGGGGCGGCAGAGCCCGGGCUGCUGCGGUGCCCGUCGGAUCCUGCUCUCCUCCCGCUUUGUGCCCGCGUCCUCUGCGGUGGGAUGGCGUCUCUCGGCUCCUCCUAGUUUUUACUGGAAGCGCCCGUGCGCCCCAUUUCCCGGUAGCGCAGGAUCCAAAGUUUCCCGGGACCGGCGGGACCGCACCCCCAGCACCUCCCCAGACCUGGGCAAACAUUCGCCCCUGGCGCUGCUAGCCGCCACCUGUAGCCGCAUCGGCCAGCCGGGGGCUGCGGCGCCCCCAGACUUCCUUCAGGUGCCCUACGACCCCGCGCUGGGCUCCCCGUCCCGCCUCUUCCACCCGUGGACCUCCGACAUGCCCGCGCACUCGCCCGGCGCCCUGCCGCCCCCGCACCCUAGCCUGGGGCUGACGCCGCAGAAAACACACCUGCAGCCCUCCUCCUUCGGGGCCGCGCACGAGCUGCCGCUCACGCCGCCGGCCGACCCCUCGUACCCCUACGACUUCUCGCCCGUCAAGAUGCUGCCCUCGAGCAUGGCCGCGCUGCCCGCCAGCUGCGCGCCCGCCUACGUGCCCUACGCGGCCCAGGCCGCCCUGCCGCCCGGCUACUCCAACCUGCUGCCCCCGCCGCCCCCGCCCCCGUGCCGCCAGCUCUCCCCCAACCCCGCCCCGGACGACCUCCCCUGGUGGAGCAUCCCGCAGACAGGCCCGGGCCCGGGCGCCACUGCGGUCCCCGGGGGCGGCCUCCCCGGCGCUUGUGCCGCUGCGCCCCACGCGCCCCGCUUCCCCGCCUCGGCCGCCGCCGCCGCCGCCGCCGCCGCCGCCGCCGCGCUACAGCGGGGCCUGGUGCUGGGCCCGUCGGACUUUGCCCAGUACCAGAGCCAGAUCGCCGCGCUGCUGCAGACCAAGGCCCCCCUGGCGGCCACGGCCAGGAGGUGCCGCCGCUGCCGCUGCCCCAACUGCCAGGCGGCGGGCGGCGCCCCCGAGGCGGAGCCGGGCAAGAAGAAGCAACACGUGUGCCAUGUGCCGGGCUGCGGCAAGGUGUACGGCAAGACGUCGCACCUGAAGGCGCACCUGCGCUGGCACACGGGCGAGCGGCCCUUCGUGUGCAACUGGCUCUUCUGCGGGAAGAGCUUCACGCGCUCCGACGAGCUGCAGCGGCACCUGCGGACUCACACCGGCGAGAAGCGCUUCGCGUGUCCGGAGUGUGGCAAGAGGUUCAUGCGCAGCGACCACCUUGCCAAGCACGUCAAAACGCACCAGAAUAAGAAGUUCAAAGCGGCAGAGGCCGGGGUCAAGCGGGAGGACCCACGGGACCUGUGAGCCCACCAGGCUCUAUGGAGAGGUUUGGGGGAGGGGGGGCUAGAGGUGGCAUUGGCGGCUUUCUUUUGCGCGUCUCCUGGAGCAACACCCGGGUUCCCCACUUGCAGGCUCUUGGCCCUUGUCUCUUGGCCCUCCUACAGGGAUCCUGCGCCCAAGAAGAACCAGGAAGGUGGAGCUGGGAGCUCUGCGUUACACGCAUGGGCAUCUUUAAACUGAACCAUUCCCACCACCUGGAGGACUUGUGUUUUUGUUUUUGUUUUUUUUUUUUUUGUAUAUAGGAAACGCUGCUGAAUUCAACUGAAAGGACCUUGUAAUAUCUCAACUAGCUCCCCCACCCACCCCCACACACACCCCACCCCCGAACCUGGCUGGGCUUUGUACAGGUUAUUUAAUAGCUUUGUUUUUAAAUAAUUAUAAUUGUAACAUUAAUAAAAAUGUUACUUUGGUUCUCAGCUCCAUGCGGAGCUACAGCAUGAAAGGUCUCCGUAAAGCGACAACAGUUACAGAGUGAAAAUAAAUACGUUAACUCCGAGUUUGCCUCGGACAGUC